GAGAUGCCACUUUCAUUAGAGAAGGAGAAGAAGAGAGAGAAUUACUACUUCCACGAGAGAAGAAGAAGAAGAGAGAAAAAAAAUCUACUACUUCCGGUGCCGCAAGCAUUGAGCAACAACCUCAGAAGAUAAUGCUGUAAGCGCAUUGCGAUGCCAAACUCUCGCUAGUAUUUGGCUCUCAUGGGAGCACAUGAAGAGGACUCUGUGCUGCUGCAGACGUUGACGAGGCCGGCAGUUCUUCGAAAAGAACAUGGAAAAGAUGUCACGGGUCACCACGGCGCACAGCAGCGCCAUCAGUGGCCGAACUAUGUUCUGCCACUUGGACGCUCCUGCCAACGCCAUCAGCGUGUGCCGGGACGCCACGCAGGUGGUGGUUGCCGGCCGCAACAUCUUCAAGGUCUACGCGCUGGAGGAAGAGCAGUUUGUGGAGAAGCUGAAUCUGCGCGUCGGCCGCAAGCCGUCCCUCAACUUUAGCUGUGCGGACGUGAUGUGGCACCAGAUGGAGGAGAACCUGCUGGCCACCGCGGCCACCAACGGGGCGGUGGUCACCUGGAACCUGGGCAAGCCCUCUCGUAACAAGCAGGACCAGCUGUUCACAGAGCACAAACGCACCGUCAACAAGGUGUGCUUCCACCCCACGGAGGUCUACAUGCUGCUGAGUGGCUCGCAGGACGGCUUCAUGAAGUGUUUCGACCUGCGCAAGAAGGAGUCCGUCAGCACCUUCUCCGGCCAGUCGGAGAGUGUAAGAGACGUCCAGUUCAGCAUUAAGGAUUAUUUCACAUUUGCUGCAACCUUUGAGAACGGCAACGUCCAGGUGUGGGACAUCAGGCGGCCGGACCGCUACGAGCGAAUGUUCACGGCGCACACGGGCCCCGUGUUCUGCUGCGACUGGCACCCCGACGACCGGGGAUGGCUGGCGACAGGGGGCAGGGACAAGAUGGUGAAAGUGUGGGACAUGACCACGACCCGGGCCAAGGAGAUCUUUUGUGUCCAGACCAUCGCCUCAGUGGCGCGGGUUAAGUGGCGGCCUGAGAAGAAGUUUCACUUGGCCACCUGUUCCAUGAUGGUGGAUCACAACAUCUACGUGUGGGAUGUCCGCAGACCUUUCAUCCCCUUCGCCACGUUCGAGGAACACAAGGAUGUGACCACUGGUAUUGUGUGGCGUCACCAGCACGACCCCCAUUUCCUGCUCUCGGGCUCGAAGGACAGCACGCUCUACCAACACAUGUUCAAGGACGCCACGCGUCCCGUGGACAAGGCCAACCCCGAGGGUCUGUGCUUUGGACUCUUCGGGGACUUGGCCUUUGCCGCCAAAGAGAGUCUGAUCAGCAGCGACGCCAACAGAAAGCCUUACCCGGGGGGCGACCGGCGCUACCCCAUCUUUUUCUUCAAAAAGCCCGACCCGACUGAACAGUUUGCCCACGUGUCCAGCGCCCUCAGUGUCUUUGAGACGGACUUGGACAGCAACCGCAUGGACUGGUUUGUCAAGACGGCGCAACUCUACCUCCUCUGUGGGAAGCCGUUCGCCGAGCUGUGCGAUCACAAUGCCGAGGUGGCCCGAGAACUCAAAAGACCUCAGGUUUCCACAACAUGGACCAUGUUGAGAAUUAUGUUCUCUGACCCAGCAAACCCAACCACGCCCGGUCUAAAAGUGGGCACCUUGCCUUUAAUGAACAGCUUCAACAUGAAGGACAUGAGUUCGGGGAUGGGCACGGAGAGAGGACUGGAGCGCUGUAAAGGGGAGAGCAGGCAGGACAACAUCCACAUGGACCUGGGGAACUUGCACAUAAGCAAUAACAAUGAAGAAAACGAGGAGACGGAGGGCAGCGAGGGCCAGGCCGAGUACAUGUUCGGUGAUGCCGAGUUAGACGACGACGACCUCUACUCCAUGGAGCACGAAAACCAAACCGUAGAGGAGCAGGAGUGCACGCUGCCUCAGGAGGCCUUCCAACUGCGCCACGAGAUCAUGGACAACCCGUCUGCCCCCGAGCACCUCCAGCAGGACAAGGCCGACUCGCCGCACGUCAGCGGCAACGAGGCAGAAGUCACGUUUCUGACGCCCAUCGAGUCCUUCUCCCUCAUCUCCAUUUCGCAACCGCUGUUUAGCCCACAGUUGCCUGCCAGCUUCUUCUGUCCCAUUGUGCGGGAGAUGCUGAGCUACUACGCCGAGCAGGGCGACGUGCAGAUGGCCGUGUCUGUGCUCAUCGUCUUGGGGGACAGGAUCCGUAAGGAGAUCGAUGACCUCACCCAGGAGCACUGGUACAUGUCCUACAUAGAUCUGUUACAGCGAUUCGAGUUGUGGAACGUGUCUAAUGAGGUCAUCAAGUUGAGCACGUGCAGCGCCAUCACCUGCCUGAACCAGGCAUCUACAACGCUUCACAUCAACUGCAGCAACUGCAAGCGGCCGAUGAGCAACAGGGGCUGGAUCUGUGACAGGUGCCACCAGUGUGCCAGCGUCUGUGCCGUGUGCCACCACGUGGUCAAGGGACUGUUUGUGUGGUGUCAGGGCUGCAGCCACGGCGGGCACUUGGAACACAUCAUGAACUGGCUGAAGAGCAGCGGCCACUGUCCCGCUGGCUGCGGCCACCUUUGUGAGUACACCUGAGCCCCGCCUGUGGGCGCCGUUCCCACAGCCCGGGGCGCUCCGCGGGAUCCGGAGGGAGAUCGAGCCUGAAGCACAUUCCUCCCCGUGGGCCUGCAGCCGCUAAUCGGCCUCCGCUUGUGUUGGUUUGAAGUGGGAUAAAGAAAAAAAAAAAGGGUGUACGGCGUCUGGAGGAAGAGGGUUUUAUGCGCUCUCCUGGACGGCCGUUCAACAGCAAACGCAUUCAUGUUUGAAUUCAGCCAAUGGUGGUUGUGCUUAUAAGCAAAUGUUACAACAGAUAUUUUACAGAAUGACUAUAUAUUUUUGUUAAUUCACACUUGCUGCAUUUUACAUUGUUUUUAAACCCCUCAGUGGAAUCCUGAAGGCUGUAAAGCAGUAAUUGCCCGUUGAAUGUUCAUGUUUGUACAUAAUGGUUUGUUAUAUUGAAGGAGUGUAGAUAAUGUUAAAUUAAUUUAUAUAAGAAAUGGCUCUAUUCAGGCAAUACACUUGAUUCAAUCCUUGA